CAAGUUUUGUGACUACAAAAGUACUCUGUUACAUAAUUUGAAAACACAUAUCAGAAUACAUACUGGAGAAAAACCAUUCAGUUGCGAGUUUUGUGAAUACAAAAGUGCUCAGCUAGGUACUUUGAAAGCACAUACCCGAACACAUACUGGAGAAACAACUCCUAGCUAAGCAUUUUUAGGGCCGGUUUCCAAGCUCAGGAUUUAGUUGAGUUCUAGACUUGAAACAGCUGGAGUCAGAAAAUUGGCUUUCCAAAAUGGGGCAUAGUCAUAGUUCCGAUGAUAAUUUUUUUUCUCAUUUCUAGAAUUUAGAAACGUUUUUUCUUGUCGAAAUUAAACAUUCCCAAGUAUUUCAAAAUAACUGAAACUUUGAACUAUUUUUUCUUCAUCUAUCUAUCUAUCUAUCUAUCUAUCUAUCUAUCUAUCUAUCUAUCUAUCUAUCUAUCUAUUUUCUUUUCUAUCUUUUUUUCAGUUUUUUUUUAAUUUGAGUCAAUUGAAACAUGUAUUAUGACUACACCCCUUUUGGAAAGCCUCAAAAGUGCUCAUUUAGGUGAUUUGAAGAAGCAUACCAGAACACAUACUGGAGAAAAACCAUUCAAUUGCAGGUUUUGUGAAUUUAAAUGUGCUGAUUCAAGUAAUUCGAAAAAACAUAUUAGAACUCAUACAGGAGAAAAACCAUUCAGCUGCGAGUUUUGUGAAUACAAAAGUGCUGAGUUAGGUAGAUUGAAAACACAUAUCAGAACACAUACUGGAGAAAAACCAUACAGCUGCGAGUUUUGUGACUUCAAAAGUUGUUAUCUAAAUAAUUUGAAAGCACAUAUCAAAACACAUACUGGAGAAAAAUCUUUCAGCUGCGAGUUUUGUGACUUCAAAUGUGCUACAUUAGGUAAUUUGAAAGUACAUAUCAGAACCCAUACUGGAGAAAAACCAUUCAGCUGCGAGUUUUGUGAAUACAAAAGUGCUGAGUUAGGUAGAUUGAAAACACAUAUCAGAACACAUACUGGAGAAAAACCAUUCAGCUGCGAGUUUUGUGACUUCAAAAGUUCUUAUCUAAAUAAUUUGAAAGCACAUAUCAAAACACAUACUGGAGAAAAAUCUUUCAGCUGCAAGCUUUGUGACUUCAAAAGUGCUCAGCUAUGUACUUUGAAAGCACAUAUCAAAACACAUACUGGAGAAAAACCUUUCAGCUGCAAGUUUUGUGACUUCAAAUGUGCUCAGCUAUGUACUUUGAAAGCACAUAUCAAAACACAUACUGGAGAAACAACUCCUAGCUAAGCAUAAUUUUGUAAACCCUCACUUUCUUAUCAAACUUUAUUAAAUUAGUUAUCUACUCUA